UGAUUGUCAAUUUUAGCAUGUGCAUGUGAUAUAAAUUCAAAAGAAUAUCUAUUUUCACACGAUUCAAAUGGAAGAUCACAGCUGCAGUUAUUGUACCGAUCAUCAAUGUUCAACUUUAUAAACACUUUGCAAUGUUUUUAGCAUUCGCAUGAUCAGAGCUUUUGACCAGCAUGUUCUUGAAAUAUAAAUUGAAAUGGGUUUUAUAUAUUUUAACGUGGUCGAAUUUUUAGGACUAUUUUCUGAAUUCGCAUGCUCAUAAUGAGGGAUGAUAUUAACUACUGUACUAUAAAACAAAUACCCCAUUUGUAUGUGAUUGAAAAUUAAAUUGAUUUUAGUGUUGUGAAAAUAAAAUUCUAGGUACUUCAUCCCUUAGGGACGAAAUGAAAAAAAAAAAGUUUCUCUUUUGAUGCAAUACUUAUGAUAAGGAAUUCAACACUGCAUGUCAAUAUAUUCAAGUUAUCUGAUGAGAUCAUUGGCCGUUACCUGAACAGUAAAUAAAACACACACAAAAUAACUCCAAGUCAAAUCAGUUUAUGCUUACUAGUUUGCUGCUUAACAAUACAAUUUUAUGGUUGAAGUGAUUAUGAAAAUAAUAAUAAAAAAAAAAUCAUCGUGUCCAGAAAUACAACGAAGACAAUACAUGACUGUUUUAAACUUUAACUUAAAUAUCAUGAGUUAUGGUUCUUCCAAAAAGUUAGAGAGAGCAGCAAAUAUAUUUGUUCGCUUGGUAUCCCUAGGUUUGCCUUGAAGGCACUGAAAGUCAUAUAUACCAUCACAGCCCAUUAUGUGAUGUGCUAGCUGUUGCGAUGUAAAUUUAGAGAGGAAAAAACCCAGUUCCGACAGCUUGUUGUCAAUGGUGCAUGUCCCUUUACCAAACCAGGUUAUACAAAAGCAACUUGCAUUUCUCAAUUGGAAUUUGACCAAUCAGAGACUAGAAUACAACAAGAAUUAAAUUACUGAACCUUAUGGAGAAUCAACGUUCAUUACAAAUAUUUGUGAUUUUGCAUUCAUUUGCAUACUCACGAUCAGAACGACUGAUCGCUUUGGUUAUUUACCCUACCAUCUGUGUUUAAUAUGAAAAUUCAAAUGAUUUUCAUUUUGGGAAGGGGGUGAAACUUGACAACUGUUUGAUAUUGUUUCAUCAUUAGCAUUUCGAGAUAUAAUUGGUCAUCAAUAUUUCCGAAAUUAUCACAGUAGAAUUGCUUAAUCUGAAACGUAUCCCUAGACUUGCCGUAAAGUCUCUGUAAAGAGGUCAAAUACCGUUAUAUCAUCAGAACUAACCCUGUGAUGUGGCAGUUGGUGCUUUUGACACAUGCAGUUCGAGUUACCGAACCUUGCAGAGGAUCAAUGAUCAUUCAAAAUAUUUGAAGUGUUCUGUUAUUUUGCAUGUUCACUAUCAGAACUACUGAUUGCUAACGUUAUGAAAUAUGUUAUGUGUGUUUAAUAUGAAAAUUCUGUUGAUUUUUUUGUUGUUGAAAAAAAUGAGUUGAUCAAAUGCUGGGAAUUGUCUUUUAAUUUGCAUUUCCAGAUAUAAUGGUAAUCGAUAUCUGUAAAGCUACUGCAGCAACACUGAAUAAUCCAGCACCUGUGUACCUCGUUUUGCUGUCAAUUCGGACCCUUUUUUUCAUUCAACAUUUCAUAUUUUCAUCUUGUGAAGAGUUUAGAAUUAACAGACUACAACCUUCCUUAAUCACAUUUGAAUUUGGUCCAUCAGAACUUAACCUUUACAAAUACGUUGCUGAAGAAUCAUCAUUUCUUUGGAGAAAAACCAAAGAAACAUACGCCUUGAGGAAUGACAGUGAGCCGUUAGAUGGACUGAUCUUCAUUCAUGGAGGAUCGGAUAAUAUACAGGAUAUAUGUCUGAAGCUUUUUGAAUUUGCUCCAGAGACAACAAAGUCCGAUGAAACUGGAACAAGAUUACUUAAAGAAAAGGACUACAUAGUAGUAUGCUAUCUUGGAGUAUCAUUUUGGAAUGAAAACAAGGUAACAUUGCAGGAGGUGGGUGAUGCAGUGAAAGAUGUUGAAGAUUCGCGUUUGUUUAUCGUAAUUGAAUCGCAGGAUGGAAUUGAGAAAAAGAUGAAGCUGGUCAAGGGUCGCAGUUUAUGUCCAGCUUCUCAUAUCAUCAGAGCAAAUGGGGACAAAGGGGUCAUCUACGAUGGACUCUAUGCCAUACUCGAAUCAAAUUUGUCUAGGUUUUUAUCUGAUUUGGAAACGAAAACAAUAACUCGCCAUCUUAGUUGGUACAAGUCACAGCUGGAAAUUCUGAUAGGAAAACUUCAUUCAAGGAAAUCCAUAACUGUGUCAAAGCUGAGAGAAGCUUGCAUCGGAAAAAUCAAAGCUGGAAUUCGAUUUGGAGUCAUUGGAUACAGGCUCUGCGGGGACACUUUGUAUAUCUUGGAAAACGAAAACCUUGUCGUGAAGAAUGAAAAAUUCAUGUUACCAAUUAGAAAAUCCAUCCAAGAGAAUUUCCAAGGAAAAGUAAUCUUUCACGCAUUGGCAAAUACAUCAUUUAAGCCACAUUGCACUGUCAAAUGUGGAGAGUUUUUGGAGAAUGCUGACAGAGAUAGAAAAGGAACGAUAGGAAUCUUCGGGGAAUUGAAAGACCCUACGCGUGGAAAUUCACUAGAGAGUUCAGAGGUCGUAAUUCUGUCUUCGGGGCACCUCUUUCAUGAAGGGGAAAUUGCAAAAUAUUCUUUCAGUGAGAGUUUAAAGAGGAUUGGCCAUUGCAUAUGGCCAACAGGAAACGAAAAUCCGAUUUUAAACUUACACGAUAUAUCCAUUAUCCAGUUAGAUUUCUGCAUGUUAGGAAGGUUGCAAAAAAGCAUACUUAAGGAAAAAGUCAUUGUCGAUGAACUCUCAAAAGCAAGUUUGAAUUACAAAAAAGUUUUCAAAUUUGGGGCAGAAACGAAGGAAACAUUUGGCUUUAUUGAGAAAAUUGACGAUUUUGAAAUGUUUGGUGGUGAUGUGAUGAUCAUCGUGCCGAAAAGCACUGAUGCAUCUAAUGCACACGGGAAAUUCUCUGAUAGAGGGGAUAGUGGGGCGAUCGUCUUGACACGGGAAAAGGAUAAACUGUAUGCAAUCGGGAUGGUUUAUGGAGAUCAGAUUGAUUUUCUGCAAGCAGAAUGUGCAAGUAACAGCAACGAGUCUAUUGCAAUUGGUUUAAGAAAAGCAGUGGAUCGGUUUACAAAAUCUACAAAUAAAGCAAUUGUAUUUGACAAAAUCUGAAAUUGAUUUUCUGUGUCAAUUUAAGAAUUGCAGCAUUUCGAUCGGGAUUUAAAAGUAUUUUGAAUGUGAUCAACUGCAUACAGCUAGUUUUUAAAAGACAGUAUUUCUGUGAGAUAUUGGUCAUGCUAUAUUUCAAACCUGUAUUUUGCAGGUAUUUCAUUCCUGAUCCAAUGUCCAUUUUCAAUCGAACCUAUGAGUCAUCAUUUGAUUGUUUUUAAACAAACAAUGCCGUCCGGGUCAGAGUGAUUAUGCAUUUGUAUAGUUUAUGACAAUUUUGCCAUAGUUCAAUUUUUUACCUGAAAAAAAAGUAACUUGAUGUUGAUAUAAUGGUAAGGUGAUUAUUCAUUAAACUACCCAGCUUCCACGUAAAGAAUUAAUAUGGGGAUAAAGAGAAAUAACUCUAAUCUAUGAAUCAAGCACGAUAAAUAUUAAGCAUGGGUAAAAGAUAUUUAAGAUUAUUUUCAUAAUCAAUCCGAGUUACUUGGGCAUCUGUGUGUGGUCUAUGCUCGUCAGUUGUCAUAUGUCCUGCAAUAACAUUUUAAGAUUAUCAACAUUUCAGGAACUUCACAUCGCAGUCUCCAUAGAGCAGUUUUCCAGUACAGUGAACUUUGCUUAAUUCGACACAUAUGCAAUCCGUUUCCUUGGACAUUCCGACCCUUGUUUUUAUUCUAGAUACCAUAUCUUCAAUGUUUUUCACUGUUUAUCCCGACGCACUGUGUUGUGCGGCAAAAAGUAUCUCCAAGUUGGUGGUGUAGAGGUAUGACCAGUCUCGGUUUAUAGUUAGCAUUUCGCAAAAUCUAUGGUUAUUAAAACAAUCUAGUUUGUCAAUACAGCCUAUCAUUGGGUCAAAUGCUGUCCGACUUGUUUCAUACUUAAUGUUAGCCUGUUUAUGUCACAAUAAUUUUGACUAUAUAUAACUCCGUUUAUCUAAUCAAGAUAAAGGGCUCAGGGCGAGUGUGACCGGUCGACAGUGGAUGGUUACUCCUCCUAGGCAACUGCUCCCACCUCUGAUAUAUCCAAAGGUCCGUGUUUGUCCAACUCUCUAUUUUGUAUUGUUUGUGGGAGCUAUGACAUUGAUCACUGUUCGUUAUAUUCAUCUUUUAUUAGACAUAUUUUGCUGUAUUUUAGGGACUGUAAAAUAAUAAUGAAAUACAUGAAUUUUAUCCCUAAUAGUACAUACACUUCUAAAGAUUGGAUGAAAUCUUUAUUUUUAUAUAUUCCGAACUUCAAUACAUAUUAAUGCGAAAUAUCAUGGUAUAUUUUUGUCGAAAUAUCGUAAUUCUGUACAAAAAGCAUUGUCAAUGAAUGCGUUACAUACGAUCGUCAUAAGUGAUUCAAAUGUCGGUCACAAUAUAUGUAACACCCAAA